AUGGCCACCGUGUUCGACGGGUUGAUUCCAUCCCGGCGUCGACCUACGAGGUCUCAAUCAGAGUCUGGGAAGCAGCUUCAUUCUAGAUGGGGUGACGCCUCGAUCAGCGCUCCCAACGGCGGUGGCUGGAGUCAACAUUAUCUGGAGGACGACACGGACAGCGUCGUCUACCACGCCCAUGGCAGCCCUGAUUCCCAGAAAACGCUGGUCAGCGACUCCCCGGACCUGAGCAUCAAAGACGAUGUCGAGAAGGUCAGCAUCGAAGAGCUUCGCCAGUCAACUCCUCCAGUCAACCAAAAGGAACGAGGGACAAUAACCAUCACCAUCCCUCUGCCCUGGGUGCGCAGGUCACAUCGAAGAUCAUCAUCUGGAGCCAAACAACAAGCCCAGGCCGCUCAGGUUGUCGAGAACGUCGUCACCGCAGAGUCACGCUCCCCUCUUCCCAGCCUUGCCACCAACAUCGAUGAAGUAAUUGUUGCGCAUUCACGGCCGACCCAUGAGCCGUAUCAGGCGGUGUCCCCAGUCGUUCAGACUCGAUCGCCGGUAUACGACGACGUCAGCACCUUCUUCACGAGAGCCGUCUUCCCCGACAAACACCCCGGGCCAAGAAGUCUGCCACAGAUCCAGACUUCGGUUCCGGUCAACAAAAGCCAACCGGCUUCAGCGCUGUCCAUCCUAAGCCCUGUGGCAGAGAAGUACAAUGGUAUUUCCGAAAGCAAUAACGCCACGCCCAUGGACAACACCCCCAUUGCCAAUCACAUCGCUUCUGCCAUAAACUCGAAUCACGAGGACUUCAUCGACGUCUCGACUUUGACCGAGCGUUUGGAACAACAGGCUCACAAUCAGUCACCAUCAUGCCCAGUAUCCCGGGUCACCAGUCCAAUCGAGACUCCCACUGAGAGGCCAGAGUCCCGCAGCAGCGCGAACUUCCCGUCACGGCCUGCUUCCAGAGGACCGGGCAUCGGCGAGGUGGCGUAUAUGCGAGCUUCAUCGAGAGGAGCUGCAGAACACCAUGAUGGACGUCGGUCUGCGUCACGAGAACCUACAGCUCGGCGAGCUCCAUCAGCGGAUCCCGUCCGUCGCAGGGCACAGUCACGAGAUACCGGAAGACGACGGGCAGAUUCUCCGAGGGCAAUGAGUGGCCGCUCGUACUCGAAAGAAGUCGUUGGUCGCGGAGACACAACAACUCGUGAGCCGACGCCAGCUCCUGCAGCAUCCUCCGAGCCACGGACUGGCCGUGAUCUUUCCUCGGAGCCUCUCCGUCCUCGCGCCGAGUCUCCAGGUCCUGCAAAUCGACGAGCCCACUCCCGCGGGACUUCUGCUAGCCGUGACCUGUCGCCCGUCAGAUUCAGCCGCCGAGCAAUUUCUCGCGAGCCGGCCACCACUCGUCACCGCUUCUCCGGCGACUUCACCAGACGGGCGAUGUCGGUCGAGCCCGUUCACCGUCGUGCCAGUCCCCGCGAGGAGACCACUCCUCUGCGUGGGUCGCCUCCUUUGGACCUGAAACGCAAGGGAGGCGACUUACCAGACCCCUCGCUCCCUGCCGAUGACCUCACGUUGGAUGAAACCACAGACAUAGAGACCGAGACCGACGAGAUGUACUUCGAAUCGCGAAAGGGCUGGAACGGUCCUGCCGUGACGGGAGCCACGAGCCAGGGCUUCUACAACGGCGUCAUCAGCGACUACAAACUCAUUGCUCGGGAUGUGGAGGCCGAGCAGACCCAAGCAAGCGGGCCCAAGCAGCCAGCUAUCGAACUGGUCAAAUUGAUCAAGAGGGACAAGGUCGACAUGGAGGUCGGGAGGGAAGUCAAGAAGUAUGGAGGCCCGGACAUGGUUCCUAACCAAGAGGAGUUGUGGGGAUAA